AUGUUUGAAUUUGGACAUGGAUUGAGGCCUACGUUCAUAAAUAUAUGGAAAGCAAAAUCAGUGGAAGAGUACAAGCCAGAUCCGUACGUUGCAACUAUACUCAACUGUGCUAUGUGGGUGUUCUAUGGCCUCCCCAUUGUCCACCCAGACAGCCUCUUGGUCAUCACAAUCAACGGUACUGGCUUCGUGAUCGAGGUCAUAUAUGUCACAAUCUUCCUCCUCUACUCAGACUGGCCUAAACGUCGCAAGAUUAUUAUUGCUCUCUUUGUAGAAUUUCUCUUCUUGGCCAUCGUAGUCUUCGUCACCUUGACAUUUCUUCAUGGAACCAAACAAAGGUCUAUGCUCAUUGGGAUACUGUGUAUCAUCUUCAAUAUCGUUAUGUACACUGCCCCCUUGACCGUCAUGCGUAAGGUGAUCACGACCAAGAGUGUGAAAUACAUGCCAUUUUUCCUGUCACUAGCCAACUUCGCUAAUGGCGUAAAUUGGUUUAUUUACGCACUCCUUCCACUCGAUCCUUACAUUCUGAUUCCCAAUGGUUUGGGAACAUUGUCUGGAUUAGUUCAGCUCAUACUCUAUGCUACCUACUAUCGCACAACCAAGUGGGACGAGGACACCAGCGACGUAAAGCCAUCUGAGGUUCAACUCUCCGGCAGUGCUCGUAACACCUGA